AUGGAUAAGGAUGAUCACGUUUUCGAUGCUAAGGGUGAAGGGGAUACCGUAGAUAAAUUGCGGGCUAAACAGGAAAAGAAGGAUAUGAAAAAAGCGAAAAAGAAGGCAGCAAAAAAUUCCACUGGUGGCUCAACGGAAGAUACAUCCGCUGCUGUGUCAACUAAAGAAUUAGAGUUACAAGAAAAAGUGAGAAAGUUGGUUAAUCAGCUAGCAAUUCGUGAUGCGAUACAGCCAGUCUCUGGUUCUAGUAGCUCGCAGAAGCAAAAGGAUAUGAGUUCUCACAAGUUUUGGAGUACUCAACCUGUACCAAAACAUGGUGAGACUAUUGAAGAUGAUGGUCCAAUAGAACCUAAUACUUCACACGAUCAAAUUCGUAAAGAACCUUACGUUUUGCCUAAAGAAUUUGAGUGGACAACUUUGGAUUUGAAUAAUGAACCGGAGCUAAACGAGCUCUACACUCUCUUGACAAAUAAUUAUGUCGAAGAUGACGAUGCGAUGUUUCGUUUUGAUUAUUCCGGUGAUUUCCUGAAAUGGGCGCUUCAACCACCAGGUUACUUACAACUUUGGCACGUAGGUGUUCGUGUUUCUUCUAAUAAGAAACUUGUCGCAUUCGUUAGUGGUAUUCCGGCAGAUAUUCGAAUCUAUGAUUCUCAUCAGCAUCUUGUCGAAAUUAAUUUUUUGUGCGUCCAUAAAAAGCUUCGAAGUAAACGAUUAGCACCCGUCUUAAUCAAAGAAAUUACAAGACGCUCUCACCUACAAGGAAUAUUUCAAGCGGUAUAUACAGCUGGUGUUGUCCUUCCAAGACCUAUCGCUAAAGCCCGACCAAUGUUAAAGAAAGAUGUCCCUGAAGUCAGAGCAUUGUUAAAUGAAUACAUGAGUAAAUUUAAUUUUGUACCUGUUUUUAAGACUGAUGACGAAGUAAAACAUUGGAUAUUGACAAGAGAAGGAGUUGUUUGGUCAUUUGUAGUUGAAGACCCCGAAACAAAAAAAGUGACCGACUUUUUUUCGUUUUAUUAUUUGCCAUCAUCGGUUAUUGGUCACCAAGUUCAUAAAACUAUAAAUGCGGUUUAUUUAUUUUAUUAUGCAGUAAAAGAAUCCGAUGAAAAGGCUAUAAAAGGAAGAUUGCAAAUUUUAAUGAAGGAUGCAUUGAUAUUGGCGAAAUUGAAAAGUGUUGAUGUUUUCAAUUGUCUUGAUCUGUUGGAAAACAAAUUAUUUAUCGAGGAUCUAAAAUUCGGACCAGGAGAUGGUUAUUUGAAUUAUUAUAUGUAUAAUUGGCGUUGCAGAGAAAUGGGUAGCGAAAAAGUAGGUGUGGUAAUGUUUAUUGAAUCAACUCGAGAUACAACUGUUUCUGUUAACUUUUUUGGACCUUUAAUCAUAAUGGCAUCUACACUACAAACACAGGACUUGCCAAGGCCUGGUGGGUUUCCCGCUAUACGGUAUAAACGCAAUAUACCAAAAAGAGGUCCUUCUGGACUUGUUAUAUUUACGGGAUUAACCGCCAUAUCUACGUUAGGUUUUUAUUGGGCAUCACAAACAAUUCAAGAGCUUCGCGAGCUAAAACGAGAACGAAUUUGGUCACGUAUAUAUCUUGUACCGAUGUUACAAGCUGAAUUAGAUCGUGAUACAUAUCGUCGUUCUCAAGCAUCUUUACAGCGUGAAGCUGAAAUUAUGAAAGAUGUUCCAGAUUGGAAC